CGUCCGGACGUAUCGCUCGUGGUGUUUGCGCUUUUGUCAUCGACCCCGCUGCUAUUCCAGCUGUCCAAAUUAUUCCGCGUGUGCCCCGUUCCCUGCCGGUUUCCGACGACGUUCCACAGCCUUUGCUAAACGGCAAACAACCCGGUUCGGAUUAAUAAAAAGCCUACCUCGUCGUGUGUGCAGAUAGUGCAAUUCCAUCGGAACCAUGUCGACGCAUCGUGCACCGAAAUCCGGAUUCGCCGCCGAAGCUCAGCGAAAGAUCAACUCCAAGUACAGCGAGGAACUGGCCGCCGAAUGUUUGGAAUGGAUCAAGGAGGUAACCGGCGAACCGAUCAACACGUCCGGCGACAUGGACAACUUCUUCGAGGUGCUGAAGGACGGUACCGUGCUGUGCACGCUGGCGAACGCGAUCGAAACCGGCACGGUGAAGAAGGUCAACAGCAGCAAGAUGGCGUUCAAGUGCAUGGAGAACAUCUCCGCGUUUCUGGAAGCGGCCAAAAAGUUCGGCGUACCGCCACAGGAAACCUUCCAGAGUGUGGAUCUGUGGGAGCGCCAGAAUCUCAACUCGGUCGUCAUCUGCAUCCAGUCGCUCGGCCGCAAGGCGGGCAAAUACGGCAAACCGUCGAUCGGUCCGAAGGAGGCGGACAAAAACGAGCGCCAGUUCAGCGACGAACAGUUGCGGGCCGGUCAGACCGUCAUCUCGCUGCAGUACGGUUCGAACAAGGGCGCUACCCAGAGCGGCAUCAACUUCGGCAACACCAGACAUAUGUAAGCGCUGUGCUGAGGGGAUCGAAUCCUUCCCUUCCACGGGCUCCACACGCGUGUUUCCUAGCUUUCUAAGAACUCAUUAAGAAGAGGGGUAGCAUAUGUAAACCGCCAACACUAACAAUCCGGGUGCAUAGGAGCGACACAGAAGAGGGAAGUGCUAAAGUGACAGACAGGAUCAUGGGCGAAACGAAAUUAUUCAGCAUACAACGAUCGGAAUCCAGCUGCAACAUUCCGGAUCCAGAAAGUGCAUUUUGUUAUAGUAGGAACCCUAGAAAAAGGACACAAUUUUGAACCAAUGUACCUUUUUAAAAUCGAAAAACACGAUAGCGCCUUAGCAAUGAGAGACUUUCACUCAUCUGUAUGUAGAGAUAUAGCGAGUUUUCCUGGAGCACACGGUGUGUAGCGUAUUUACCCAACCGUGCACACUCCGGGGGUAUAUUUUUACCUCUCCGGGUAUAGGUAUUUUUCAAAUCAAAUCAUAGUCAAUCGUUUGCAUUCCAAACCGCCAGGAGUAGCGCGUGUAGAGCGCUCAUACAAAGAAUACGGAUAUUUCACAAACACACACACAUACCCACUGUUUAUACAUUCCGUAGUGAGUUGACAAGUUGAUCCCACGCCACAGGAUAGCCAAUUAGCCUUAAGCCUUCCGGGGAUGAAUGACAGGCCCCGGCCCCGUAACCAUCCCGGCUAGACGGGUGGCCUGCAAUCCAUUAGGGCAAAUAAGUAUACACUGUUAUCGGUAAAACCUCCCUCUCCCGCAGGUUGUCAUUUGGUAAAGCAAAACCAGAAUCGCAUUCUGCUUUGUCUGGUCACUGAUCAAGCAGCUAAUUUCGGUAAGACCGAAAGAUGCGCAUCGUUCGUUUUGGUGCUGCACAUUAAUGGUAGAGAAGAAUGCAGCAGAGUAGGAGACGCUCUAAAGUGCAUUGCAAUAACCGACCCGAACCGAACCGAGGAAACCUUCCUACUCUCCACCAUACCUGCGGACAGGGGUGACUUCCGUUGGGAACGAAAAAAAAAUACACGUAACCGUAUGUUUUGCGACAAAACCGUUUCGGCGAAUGAUUAAAAUCGUGCUUUAUCGCAUGUGCCACUAAAACUUAGAAGACAAAAAAAACCCUUUUUUUUGUGCUCGUGUUUUUUUUUACUCUUUGUGCCGAGCAUUGAUGCAUUAUUGCUUUUUUUUUGUUUGCUGUUUGUAUUUGUUUCCGAGAUCAUUUACCACGCAAGAGGGAAAAAUCGUAAAUUAUUGACAGUAUACAUAAAUAUAUAUGUUUUGUUAAAUGUAAUUUGUAAAAGGAUAAGUUAUUGUCUAAUAAAUCAGAACAUUAAGAAAUUUA